AUGGGUUCUCGCCGAACAGGAUCAAACAAAAUCCCCAUCGGAGGAUACAGUCCUGAUUCCAGACCUUGGGAAGUGGUCCUUCCGAGGAAUUCACGAGGGAAAAGGAAGGAAUGUGAACAGCUUCGAGAUGAUUAUGAGCGGGACGACAGAAGGGCAGAUGCUUGGAGACAAGAUGAUGAUCGCGUCGGACACCGACACAAUACCAGGGAAGCAGAUAAUUGGAGACGAGAGUAUGACGAUGGCAUUCGAAACCAGCAGAAUACUCGAAGGGCGGAUCCCUGGAGACGGGAGCAUGACGACGUUGAAAGAGACCAACAGUAUAGUAGGAGGGCGGAUCCGUGGAGAUCAGAUUAUGACCGCGGACACAAUCAACUGGAUACCAGGGGAGCAGGUACUCGGAGACUAGAGUAUGACAGCGGACGAAACCAAUUGAAUACCACAUGGGCAGAAACGAGGAGAUCAGAUUAUGACCGCGGACAGGACAAACAGAAUAUCAGAAGGGCGGGUCCCUGGUCACCACCGCAUGAUCGCGGACGCAAUCAACAGGAUACUAGGGGAGCAGAUACCCGGAGACCAGAGUAUAAUGAGAGGCAAAAUCAACCGAAUACCAGAAGGGCGGGUCCCUGGUCACCACCGCAUGAUCGCGGACACAAUCAACAGGAUACCUGGAGGGCGGAUACUUUGAGACCACAUCAUGACCGUGCACGAGCUAUUGACAAUCGGAACGAUGAGAAUCCAAGGCCACAAUCUCUUCAGUUUGUAUCGAGAAGAGAACAUCGGGAAGCUUUGAACAUGCAUGCGCAGCUGUUGAAAGAGCAAUAUUACCAGAGCCAGGCACGUAUAAGUAAGAAUCAUAUUGGAAAGGAUGAAUCCCAACGUGAUUCGGUCGAAUAUAUGAAUAACAACACCCGUGUGGAAAAUCAUAAACGGCCGUAUUCCUUCUAUGGCCCGAACCGUUUUGACUUGACGCCCUUCAAGAGUAUGAAUACCUUCCAGAAUGAGAGCCCUUGUGCACCGCCCAAACCACCUACCGCUGAAGAAUUUAGAACGAUCAAACCUGAUGCUGGGACGCCUAUCAAAAUGACGCCUACUCAGAGAAAGAGAAAGAAUCCAAUCGAGUCUGAGCAAGAUUCACGAAAGAAAGCGAAAGUACUACAGACACAUCUUCAAAAAGCACAAUUUCCUCGAAAUUCAACCUUAGACGAUAUGGCUGUCCCAGCCGCCCAUGUAGAAAUACCUGGACUUUCACUGAUAAAACAGACAGUCGCACCAUCUACGCCACUUCCGAAACUAGUAGCUCGAGGAGUCAAACUGGGGAGUGAAUCCGUCACUUCUGACCAGAAUACAAUUCCACAACCAAGUCUCAAAACCCUAAUCCAAACAAUAUCCUCCUUGCAAACCCAGCUCAACGCAAGUUUUCUACCAAACCCAGAGACUCCAAUCAGAUCUAUCUCGUCCUCUCAAGCUCACCAUAACGAAAAUUUGCCGGUCAAUAAGAAUCUAGCAAAUGUCACCCAGAGUUCGGCUCAGACGGAUGCCUCGCCUAUCGCGUUGUUGAGGACGAAGAUGGUUAGUAUUAUUUCGAAGAACGCGACGAGAGAGGAGAAGUUGAGGGAGUUGAGGGAGUAUAAGGGGAUGAUGGAUGGGGCUUUUCAGAGUAAUUUGGCGCUUCUGGGGGAGGGGGUGCCGGAUAAGAGCGGGGAUAUGGAGAGGGAUGAGAAGGAAAAUCGCUCAGACAAGGAGGGCAGUGAACAGAAUGAUGGUGGAGUUCAGGAGAAGAAUAUAGAGGAGGAUGAGAAUGCAGAUAAGGAGGGUGUUGAGCAGAAUGACGAGCAGAAUGGUCACCAGAACGAUGAACAAAACAAGAGCGGGGAUGUGGAGGUGGAUGAAAAGGGAGAUAAGAAGAUUGGUGAGCAGGACAAUGAGCAGAGUAAGAACGGGGUUAUGGAUGGGGAUGAGAAGGGAGAUAACUCAGAUAAGGAGGGUAGUGAGCAGAAUGAUGAUAGAGGUAAAGAAGAGAAUAGGGAUGGCGAGGAUAAGAAUGGCGAGGGUGGGAAGAGAGAGAGUACCGCUGACUCGGGGUAUUAUGGGGAUACUGAACGUGCCCCUGAAAAGGGUUGUUUGGGUCAAGAGCAGGAAGAGAGUGAAAAGGGUGUAGAAGGUGGAGAGUGUAAGGAGAGUGUAGAGGGUGGAGAGAUUCAAAAGGAUGCAAAGGAUGCAGAAGGUGGAGAAAGAGAGAAGAGUGCGAGUGAAGAGGAUACGGAUAGUGAGAGGGUUGAGAAGAUUGUUAACAUGGAUCGUUUUGUGCUGGAUGUUGUGGUGAUUGGGAGGAGUGGUUAUUAA